CUAAAUACCGAUAAACAACAAACAGCUGUCAGUUGUGCACACAACAUUUGUUUACGUUUGUGGUUUUGCUUAAAAUAAAAUAGAGAAAAAAACAAUAACAAUGACAGAAGCAACAACAAGCAGCAGUGCUAAAGUGAAACGCACGUUUAAGCAAACAUUUGCGUUUCCCAAGAACUGUGUAUAUCGGCCGCUACGUCAAAUUCAAAACAUGGAGCGCAAUCAAAAGCUGCCCCCGGAACAGCCAACAUACUUUACAUUGAAUGCGCCGCCCUCGCUGAGACCGGCCAAGAAAUACUCGGAUAUUAGCGGCCUCCCAGCGCCUUAUGUUGAUCCGCACUCGAAGCUGCGCUAUGCGAACGCCGAGGAAUACGCUUCUAUGCAGCAUAUGCCCUCGGACAUCAUUAACGGUUAUUUGACGGUGCGCGGUUACACGAGUGCUGUGGGCUAAAACUUCAGCUGCAGUGUUGUCAAACUUCAAUCAAAUGCAGAUUUUUUGCUUAUCAAUCGCAACUGAAAUUGGCAGCCAAUGGAAAAUGAAAUCGUAUAUAACAACAUAUGUAUUUAAAUAUAAAUAGAUUUAAUUAGGCAAUAAGUACAAUUUACAAAAUGUAUUGUAUAAAACUAAUUAAAGCAUGUGCUGCAUUUAUAAUUAAAUAAA